AUGUGCGACGUAUUCCCCGAGUUCCAAACAUGUUGUCUUAUAAUAUCGUUGCGUCUCGGAAUGCUAUUUAUUUCAGUGUUAUGUAUUAUGACUGGUGUAACGAGUCUUUGCGCCGUAGAACAAAAUUUCAACGCCAGCUUCGAUAACCUCAAGAAUAUUACUGAUAUCAAAAAACCUGAGGACGUGAUAUCUAGAAUCAGUAACAUAAUAUCGACGGGUAUUACAACUGUGUCCUAUCUAUUUAUGAUCGGUGGUCUUGCUCUAUUCUACGGCACUAUAUCGGGCGACGAAGGUGUAGUUCAGAUCUUUGUUUGGCUGACGUUCCUGGGUGUGGUCAUCGCGUAUCUUUUGAUUACUAUGAUCGCUGUCGAGUGUGUCACGCAGUCCAAAUGCUUGCUCAGCGAUAUGGACUGGCUGUCAGGAUCUGCGACACUGGUAUUUGCUGCGUCAUACCUUUGCGUGUGGGUAUAUUUUAUCAGUGUGGCCAACAGUUACGUAGUGCUUGGUGCUUAAGUACAAGACCUAGAUCAUCAGACAAAAUAAAUAUUCACGAAAUAAAAUGAGAUGAAAUCAUGUGUUUUGCAAUUUAUAA